AAAAAAACAAGAGUUUCGUCAUCUCUUCCUUCGUGGAAACCAAAGGAGAGAGUCUGAUCGCUAAGAACGCCGUGGACUGGGCCGAAUACAACAAGAGACAGAUGAGCCGCAUCUACCCUAAAGGAACCCGCGUGGACUCUUCAAACUACAGUCCUCAGCCCUUCUGGACCGCCGGCUGCCAGUUCGUGGCGCUCAACUACCAGACUAUGGAUUUCCCCAUGCAGCUCAACAUGGCUCUGUUUGAGUUCAACGGCAGGACGGGGUACAUCCUCAAACACGACGUGCUCCGACGCAACGACAAGAAGUUCGAUCCCUUCACCGACAGGAUCGACACCAUCAUCGCCAGCACUCUCAGCAUUAAG